AUGAGGAUUCCGUCUACGUGGCGGCUGCUUGCCGUGCUCUUCGUGUCUCAACUCGCGGCGGCUCAGCUGUCAGCUGACGGCAUCGAGCUCGACCUCGUGUUCCCUCGCGCCGGAGGUCGAUAUGCCGAGACCAACGAGGGGCUUCCGGUGCUGCUCUCCCUCCAGAACCCAGACGUCGCCUAUCACUACGGCUGGGUCUUCUCCUGGGACGUGUACAAGAAGCCUCACCCUCCGCCGGACCGCUUGCCGUUCAACACCAUCGGGUCAAUACUCAAGAACGACACCGCCUACCCCGACAACCCGCACCUCGAGGUCGCCUACACCGACCGCCUCGGCGCAGGCGACUACACCUUCUCGUGGACGAUCCAUACCGGGCCGUGGUGCGAGCUCUCGCCGAGCAGCGUCGAAUACGCGAGAAACGUCAAGGUCGCCAACGGCACCUUUGAAUUCGCCGUGGACCCGGCGGCGCCGACGCCGACCUUCACCGGCACCUGUCCGACGGCGCUGGGCAUGAUCAGCUACGCGGAGUUGACGACCUACCAUGGUCUUUACGACGGGAAGUACGACCACCUCGACGACUCAAGCACCGUCACGUCCUGCGCUGUCACGGCGAAUGUGACCGUCACGCCCGAGCCGUGCCGGGCGACCGUCAACGCGGCGGAGGAGACGAGCAUCUCAAGUCGACUUCAAUGGGGAGCGUAUGCCACGGCGGCGUCGACUGCGACGACUGCACCAGCGCCGACUUCUGCUGGCUCCUCCCUACGACAGGUCUGGGGGCCGCUCUCAUUCUUGGCCUUCACCACGGUGGAUUUUGUUCUAUUCGUGUCUUGGAUAGCUCAAUGA